ACACAGAAUGGGCAUGGCAACGGAGGGAGGCCCGAUGCAGACUUGAAAGUAUUCCAAAUACUGGCCAAGAUGGAGUAUUGUUAUGAGUGCGAACGUUAUUUUGUGAGCGCAGAAGCGCUUCGCCAGCAUCGCGAGAACUCGGCUCGGCACAUGACUCAUGGCUCUACCUCCAUCUUCGGCUCGACCACAGUCACAACACCGACCCCUCCUGUACGCGCUAGCCCACAGACAUCAGCAUCAGGCUUUGCAAUGGCGCCAGGGUUUAGAUCUUGGUCAUCGCGCCCCGUGACUCAGACAGCCACAGCCUGCGGUACGGCUCGAGAUGAUACGAAUCAUACGAUUGAUACCUCUAAAAUCCUCAUAGAUUCUCUAAAAGGGCUCUACACCAGCGGGGAGUACUCAGACCUCGUGAUAUCCUGCCGAGGAAAGGAAUACCACGCGCAUAAGGCCGUCGUGUGCACCCAGUCCGACUUCUUCUCUGCAGCUUGCCGCGGAACCUUCAAGGAGGCACAGGAAGGAAAGAUUGACCUCCCAGAUGAUGACCCUCGGCUUGUCGAUAUCAUGGUGCAUUACCUGUACCACUUCGACUAUGACAUACAAUUACAUGGCUUAGAAACGGACCGACACAGAACCAACGACAGCGAACCAGGAGGGGGCGCCCUUCUUACUCAUGCAAAGGUUUACUCCUUGGCAGAGAAGUACCUGAUCCACGGACUGAAGGCUGUUGCACUUCGACAAUUCAAGGCUGCUACUGCUCGCUCCCCAGACAUCGAUGAUUUCCUUCCGGCAAUGGAGGAGGUGUAUACAUCCACUAUUGAGGAUGACAGAGGCCUAAGGGAUGUCGUCGUGGAAACACUUUGCAAGCAUUCCGAAUGGCUAGACGAGGAGGAUGUACGAGAUGUGGUUAAGGGGCUGGGAGCUUUGACGUAUGAUAUGGUUAUAUAUAUGCGCAAAAAGCGUAUCUUCUGAAACUAAUGGGGGGAGCCACGCCACGGCCCGUCACUGGCCCCAACUUACCUCCGGUGGUAACUAUAAAACGCACGCACACAUGGUAAAACAACACAACCCUCGAACUAAUCCUUGCAUUAUUACCCUAUAGCGAACCUUCCACCCUCCAUCCGCCCAACUCGACGGGUUACUAAUAACCUACCCAGUCUCUCUCUCGCACACGGGGGAACUCAAGCCCCAAACCUCGUCGGCCUCGCCGCACGUACCGCCAUCCCCUCCACCCCCUCUUCACUACCAUCUAUACCCCGACCCCCUUCCGGCCCGCCCGGCGCAUCACCACUAACAUGACCAUGGCCAUACCCAUCACCAUAAUCAUCACCAUAAUCAUCACCAUAAUCAUCACCAUAAUCAUCACCAUAAUCAUCACCAUAAUCAUCACCAUAAUCA